AGCCAAGGAGUUUGAGCAAAGGGUUAAGCACAGUGCUUUACAUAUGCUCAUUUUUUACUGUGAAGACAAAACCGACAAACUGCCCAUGCAUGGACUAACUGCAGAGGAAGAGAGACAUAGCCACUUUAUAGAAAUAGGGGAGUCCAACUGCACAUGGCUGUGAAAUAAGCUACUUCUUGAGGACAUCUUUUGUAGAGAAAAGGAUUCAUAGUAAAUGAAGAGGUGGAUAUUACAACACUGCAGAGCUCCAGAAGUGCAACACAGCCUGUAAUCCCGAGCAAAUAUCAGACUGAAGAAUGUACUGCACCCAAGACUUGGACUUUUAUAUGAGUAUAUCACUCUUGAUUAUAGGACUUUUAUUUUUUUUAAGACAAGGGAACAAGCCGGCUCGUUAUGGGAAGCAUAUUCAAAAAGAGUAUAAACAAACGUGUAUUCUGGUUUCAGCGAAGUUUGGUUGGUUUAUCCAGGAGCUACCUUCAUUCCUCAUCCCCCUUGUGAUUAUACUGUAUAAUGGAUCAUGUCAUACUACUGGAUGUAAGAUGCUGCUCUUCAUGUUUUGUGGACACUAUUUUCAAAGGACAUUCAUCUAUUCUGCAUUUACAAGAGGAAGCCCUACACCUUUGUAUAUAGUAGCUAUGGCUGUGCUGUUUUGUUCCUACAAUGGUUUCUUACAAGCUCACUGCAUGGUAUUUGUUGCUGCAUACCCCAACGAUUGGUACAUGGAUAUUCGAUUCCUAUUAGGGGUUGUCAUUUUCUUCCUUGGAAUGAGUAUUAAUCUACAUAGUGACCAUAUUCUGCGCAAUUUAAGAAAACCAACUGAAGUCACUUACAAAAUUCCACAAGGAGGAAUGUUUAACUUUGUAACUGGCGCCAAUUUCCUGGGUGAAAUUGUGGAAUGGUAUGGUUUUGCUAUAGCAACAUGGUCUCUGCCAGCAUUUGCCUUUGCAUUAUUCACCAUGAGUUGCAUUGGGCCAAGGGCUUAUCAUCACCACAAGUUUUACCUUCAAACAUUCAAAGAUUAUCCUAAAAAUCGGAAAGUUCUGAUUCCUUUCAUUUUUUAACAUUAAACAUUCCAUAAUGGGUUUUUUUUGCACUCAAAUAAAAGACAUGGACCCUGAACAAAGAAACCGAAAACUGGAAACAACUUUCAUCAUGCAGUGUGGUACUACAGCACAGCUCUAGAAGCAAACAUGAGUGCAGAAUUUCAAACAAAAUUUUUUCUUUCCAUUGUACUAUGCUGAUAAGGUUUACAAACACACUGAAUGGGUCAAGAUGAAUUAAUGAACAAUAUAAAUCACAUGACAUCCUGACAUAUCCCAGUGCAAUCUACUGUAUACUGAUAUACUGUAGUAGAAAAGGACUUGCAUUCUCCUUGCACAGUUAACAUUUUUUCUUUCAGUUGUACUAUGCUGAUAAGGUUUAUAAAAACACACAAAAAUUUGUCAACACAAAUAAAUUAAGAACAAUAUAAAUCACAUGACAUCCUGACAAAAUUCUAAUACAAUCUAUUCUAAUAAACGGUAGUCGAAAAGGACUUGUAUUCUCUCUGUACAGUCAAUAAGAUUUUUUUUUGUAUCUGAGGUCUCCUUUAUACUAUUAUGUAUUCAAUCUAUAAAGAACAUGGCCUAUUUGGCCUUCAGGACGCAGUGGUUUCUGUAUUUUUUCAUUCUGACCAUCACGGUUUUAGUUUAUAAUUGAUUUUUUUUCGGGGGGGGGGGGGG